AUGAACUCCCUCCGCUUCGCCCGCGCGGCUCUCCGAGCUCGCCCUGCCGCCAUCCGAGUUCCCCUCCAGCGAAGGACCUACGCCGAGGCCGUUCCCGACAAGGCAAGCGACUCAAUCUCCGGCUACUGUUUUUACGACCCGGCCCGACUGACCGUCAUCGCAGAUCAAGCUGAGCCUUGCUCUCCCUCACCAGCUAAUUGCCGCACGCAGGCCAUCUACAAGUCCCAGGAUGUCGUCCAGGUCAACAUCCCCGCCGAGUCGGGUGAGAUGGGUGUCCUCGCCAACCACGUUCCCUCCAUUGAGCAGCUGAAGCCUGGUCUGGUUGAGGUUAUUGAGGAGUCUGGCGGUGCCAAGCAGUUCUUCCUUUCCGGUGGAUUCGCUACCGUCCAGCCCAACUCGGUCCUGAGCAUCAACGCCGUCGAGGGUUUCCCCCUUGAGGACUUCAGCGCCGAUGCCGUCAGGGCUCAGAUCGCCGAGGCCCAGAAGGUCGCCAGCGGAAGCGGAAGCGAGCAGGACAUUGCCGAGGCCAAGAUCGAGCUUGAGGUUCUUGAGACCCUGGCUGCGCAUGUGAAAUAA